UUAUUAUAACAAUGGGGAAUUAAUUCCAUUUGAGCUUUCUAAUGCUAAAUAAUAAUUACAUAAUAUCUCAAAAAAAAAAAAGAAGUUGGGUUGAUAAGACGCAUGCAUGCUUAUGAAGUGGAAAGGAAGCCAAAUGAAAGUUAGUUGACGUAGAGUAACUGUUGAGUAUUAUUUUAUGAUAAAUAUUUCAAAGACAGGAAAAAGGAGAUUUAUCUUAUCUGUCUAGUACUGUCGGGUUUUAGCACAAUUUGCUCGUUCCGGAAUCUGACUAAGCUCGGGUCAAGGAUAAAAUUAGAAAACAGUAGGUCAAAUGCUCAAAACUGUUGGGACAACUUGCGGGGCUUCGAGUUUGAACAAGAGGCCAAUUUUAGAUUUCUGUUGCACUCUCAACUUCUGUAUAUAAACCAUGCAGAAGGUGUUCAACUGAACUUUGUAUAUUAGAGGAUUCAAACUUCUAUAUAUUUUAUCACAAUAAAUAUUAGUCUUGGUCCUGAUUCCUGCCUUGCUUUAUCCUCUCCCUAACUAUUCUUGUGGAUUUUGAUUCGUUAAAAAGGAAACUUCUACUCUAUUAUAAUAUUUGAGGAGAGGAGAAAAUGCCAGCAGUUGUAGCAAGCCAUGGCGACAUGCCAGAACAUGAAGGCAGGUUUACGAUCUACGUCAUAGUCUGUGUGAUCAUAGCAGCCUUUGGAGGCUUGAUGUUCGGAUAUGACAUUGGCAUUUCAGGUGGAGUAACAUCCAUGGAUGAUUUCUUGAAAAAAUUCUUCCCGGUUGUGUAUGAAAGGAAGCGACAUGCACAUGAAAACAACUACUGCAAAUAUAAUAGCCAGUCCCUCCAGCUAUUCACAUCUUCCUUGUACCUUGCUGCUCUGUUAGCCAGUUUUGCAGCUUCAAGGGUCAGCUCAAAAGCUGGCAGGAAACGCACCAUGCAGAUUGCAUCAAUUUUCUUCUUGAUAGGAGUAAUUUUGACUGCUGGAGGUCUGAACAUAGAAAUGAUAAUUAUAGGGAGAAUUCUUCUGGGCUGUGGUGUUGGUUUUGCAAAUCAAGCAGUACCACUUUUCUUAUCCGAGUUAGCUCCACCAAAGAUUCGUGGAGCAAUCAACAUCGCAUUCCAACUCUUCGUUACUAUUGGAAUUUUAGUAGCCAAUCUGAUAAACUACUGGACAUCAGGUAUCCAUUCUCAUGGAUGGAGAAUUUCUCUUGCCCUUGCCGGUGUCCCUGCUUUGGUCCUCUGCGUGGGAUCUUUUGUCAUUUGUGAGACUCCGACCAGCCUUAUUGAACGUGACGAAGUUGAGAAAGGAAGGCAAGUUCUCAGGAAGAUCCGUGGUGUCGAAAAUGUUGACGACGAGUUUGAUUCAAUUGUACAUGCUUGUGAGAUGGCAAGGCAAGAAAAACACCCAUUCCGCAAACUAAUGAAGCCAGCAAGCCGACCCCCGCUAGUCAUUGCCAUCUUGUUGCAAGUUUUCCAGCAAUUCACUGGAAUCAACGCAAUCAUGUUCUAUGCUCCCGUUCUCUUCCAGACUAUGGGAUUUAGGAAUGAUGCCGCAUUGGCUUCCGCUGUUAUUACUGGAGUUGUCAAUGUGGUUAGUACAUUUUUCUCAGUUUAUGCAGUGGAUAGGGUUGGCAGGAGAAUUCUGCUACUUGAAGCUUGUGUUCAGAUGUUCCUUACCCAGAGUAUUAUUGGUGUGAUCCUGUUAAAAGACUUGAAACCCACGGGUGAUAAUCUUGGGCGUGGCGAGGCAACUUUUGUGGUGAUCCUCGUGUGUCUCUUUGUCAUGGGCUUUGCCUGGUCAUGGGGACCUCUCGGUUGGCUAAUUCCUAGCGAGACUUUCCCUCUCGAGACUAGAACCGCCGGUUUUGCCUUUGCAGUCAGCUCUAACAUGCUCUUCACUUUCAUCAUUGCUCAAGCUUUCCUGUCAAUGCUAUGCAACAUGCAAGCCGGAAUCUUCUUCUUCUUCGCUGCCUGGAUUAUCAUCAUGGGAUCCUUCACCUGGUUCUUGUUGCCCGAGACCAAAGGUGUGCCCAUUGAUUCAAUGGUUGACGAAGUCUGGAAGCAACAUUGGUUCUGGAGCCGUUUCAUGGGUAAAUGAUGUGUGCAAGGCAGAAGUUAAGGUUGUCUGAUCUUUUGACGUAGCUGCCUCAUUGCGAGGGUACAUAGAAUGACCAAAGCACCAAUAAAAUUUCUGGUUUUCUUUCUUUUUCCUUGUAAAUUUGCUGUUAAUGGGGCAGUGUUUGACGCAUAAGCCAGUGCCAGUCCGGAACGACGGUUUUCAUAUUGUUUUGAGCUACCAGCAUUUUCCUUUUAUUGGAAAAUAAAGGAGAAAACCCAAAGAAUUUCGCAUCGCUUCUUAAGGUAUAAAAAACGGACGAGGGAUGGACCGACUCUCUAUGAGCUCUAGUAUUUUCAAGCUUGGCCCAAAUAUAUGGAUUGCAUCGAGUUAAA